AUUUACCCUCAUUUAUCCAUUGUCUAUUGCGGGUAUUUCAAAAUAAACUCGUCAAUAAUAAAACGUUUCCACGUAUACCUAACACACGUAAUGUUCAUACACAGUUACAUACGGUAACUGUUGAAUGUCCAGUCAGUAUUACCUGUAGCUAUUUCCACCUACAGAGUUCAGGGUUGAAACACCAAUCGAUUUGAAUUAAAUGAAAGCUUUAAACGAAUGUCUAUCUUGACUAACUUAUACCCGUGGUUUUAUUAAUUGCUUAAAUCCAUAUUAAUAUUUUAAAUGCGAAAGUAAGCUGUCUGUCUGUCUGUUACGUUUUCUAGGAUAAAUUGAUUUGCGAAUUCGGUAUUUAAGUGAAUCAUGGAUCAGAACAUAAUAUGCCUGCCGUCCUUUUUGUGACGUCACGGUGUUACUUGAUGUCUCUACAGGAAUAAAUGUCAAACUAAUAAUAAAUUAUAUUUAAUAAUUUUGUCAAAAACUCCGUUUGGUUAAAUGUUUAGUGUUAACGUGACGUCAUGAAAUAGUUAAAAUAUAGAACAAUACGGACGACAGUUUUUGGCUCGUAUUGUCAAAAAAUAUAUUUUUUUUUUAAUGUAUUCCCAGAUUAAGAUAGAGCGCACGGAAUACGACGGUGUCGUAGCCGUUCCAAAUACAAAAUUUAAAAACGAAUACAUUCUUGAUUGCUUAGUUGACACUCGAAAUAAAGAAAUAAAGAGAAUUGGGACACGUCUUUUAAUUAUUUUAAUCCUGUCUGACGUGACUUCUGCUGAAAACAAAAACAAAUUCAAAUUUCAUUAACAAAAAUCAACAAUUUUUAGCAAAACAACUUUAGGUUCGUAUGUAAGUACUAUUUAAUUAUGUAAGUAUUAAUUAAUAUCACUGUUAAUUUUUUUUCAUUAUUUUUUCUAAAAUUAAUUCGUAAUUGAACUUUUUUGGUUAAAAAGUUUAUAUUGACAACUUACUUUUUUGAAACAUAGAGAGUCGAAUUCUAAAAUAAACAAUAGAAAGUCAUGAAUAAAUGUCAAAAAACCGCUUUAUUAUUUAAGAUGUAUGAAACCAAAUAUAUAUCUAGAUAUUUAAUUCAUACAUAACUUAAAAUGGCUAUGAAAAAAAUUCCAACAGUUGAGCAAAAUUUACUGUGUGCUUCUCUUUAUAUUAAUAACUUCAAGAGAGCGAUAGAAGAACUGGUUUAUAAUUCACUUGAUGCUGGAGCUUCUUCGAUUGCAAUCAGAAUAUUUAUUCAAGAAAAUUUCAUUCAAGUUUUGGAUAACGGCAGUGGUAUUACCAAAGACAAUUUCAGUCUUCUUGGGCAUAAGUAUGCAACUAGUAAAUAUGUUGAUACUAGUACCUCAAAAUCUAUCCCUGACAAAUAUGGUUAUAAGGGCCUCUGUUUGGCAAACAUUAUUGGUGUCUCAGAAACUGUUGAAAUAUCUUCACGGUGUGAAAACACAGAUGAUACAUGGAUGAAAACCUUCUAUAAUGGCAGAGAGAAUUUUUUUUCUAAAACUAUCUUAAGGCCAUCCAAAGGGACUACGGUAGAAAUAAAAGGAUUUCUUUACAACUUAAAUAUCCAAAGAAAAUCAAUAGAUCAACAUAAUGAAUUGAUAAACAUUAAAUCAGCACUAAAACAAUUAUCACUUGUGCAUUGGAAUGUAUCUAUUAGCUUACGAGAUGAUUCUAAGAAUGAUAUUAUUUUCCGCAUUCAUAAAAAUAGAACCAUAUAUGAUACAUUGCGAUCUGUAUUUCAAAUAAAUGAAAAUGAUUUCGAAGAACUUCAAGUAGAAAAGAAUGAAUAUAAAGUUAAAGCUUAUAUUGGUAAACAAUUUCUGGAGUCAAAUAAUAGCUACCAAUACAUUUAUGUAAAUGGAAAGUUUAUUCAUAAAUCAAUUUUGCAUAAGAAAUUAAAUGAAAGUUUGUCUAAAUCUCUGAAUAUAAGACAUAGUAAAGUUAAAAAAAAACACAUCUAUGAAAAUAAUACUAACCAUUUUAGUCAGAAUGUUCCAUUUUAUUUUUUAUUUAUAACGUGCCCAAAUUAUGAUUUUCAAAUGAUUUAUGAUACUGAAAAACCUAUAGUAGAAUUUAAAAAGUGGGAAAAAGUUAACAAACUAUUGGAUAAGCUUGUCCAAUUUUAUAGUGGAAAUUUAGUAAUUAAGAGAAAAGAAAUCAAUAACAAGAGUUUAGAAGAAAAUACUUUAAUGAAAAAGAAACAAAUUAAAGAAAUUAUGGAAAAAAUAUUAAAUAAUAAAAACAAAUAUACAAAAAUUUCGCAUGUCCAAAAUGGUGUAAAAGGAAAAACUCUGAAAAGAAAUAGAAAGAAAAAAAGAAGUGUUUUAGCGCAAAAAAUUACCGAAACAAAUAACCCAUGUCUAUCAAGAGAAAUUUCUAAAUCAAAUUAUGUACAAGAAACAAGAGAUCAGUUAAAGCAACCGAAGCUAACUGAAAAGAAGAAAGCAAAAAUUUCUGCUUUAAAGAAAACAAAACAACAUCUGAAAACUUCAAAGAACGUCAAUUAUUCAGAUGCUUUAAAUGAUCCAUGUCAGUCAAAAGAAAUUCGCGAAUCAAGUAAUGUAAAACAACCAAAUGUUCAGCUAAAGCGAGAACCAAUUAAAUUGAAGAAAACCAAUAGUUCUAAAUUAAUUAUGGCUGCAAAUUUGCCAAAGAAAGUGCUGAAUUCCCAAGAUACUAAAAAAAAGAAAAAUAAAAAUCUGAAAGAUUUUAAAGACUUGAAUUUUUUAGAUUUCAUUAAGAGGUUUGAGUCACCAACAGCAAGUGUUAAGAACCGAAUUAAUCUUCUUAACCGACAAGUCCAAACAUUUCUAGAAAAUAACGUUUGGGGAAAAAAUACAUUGAAUAGUUUUAUGAAUAAUGAUCAGCAUGAAGGCACUACAAAUAGCAUUGAUAGGUCAUCGCCGUAUAAUACAACAAAUAAGGUGUUAAAGGAUAAAAAUCAUACUAAGAUCAAUACCUUAAACUAUGAAAUAGUUAAAAAUUCAUAUGAUCUUCUCAAGCCUGUCACUACCAGUCAAUAUAACAUAAGGAAGAAAACUACUCUGACUACUUAUUGUAAACAGUCCUGUGACAAAAAAAAUUAUUACACUUACAAUGAAACAUUUAUUCCUAUGGAAACAUAUGAUAGUCAUAGCCAUAAUUUAAAAAAAUCUGUGCACGAAACGGGUUGCUUUAUUAGUGAGACGACACGAAGUAGUAAUUUCUUUUUAAAUGAAGAAGAAUUAAUUUCAAAUAUACACAUAAAUAGUAGUAUGUUAAACAAAUUUAAUAAGAGAGACCAAGAUUUUACUAUUGAAAUGAGUGAAAUUCGUGAAAGAAGUGAAUGUAUAAGUUUUGGUAAUAAGCAGUAUAGCUCCCAACCAGAUGAUAAUUAUAUAAAAUCAAUUCACUUUAAUAAUACGUAUACUCUUGAAAACUGUGUAACAUUAUCGCAUAAGAACGAUACCUACGUAGUAAAUAAGACAUUUUCAUUAUUAAACCUCGAUGCAACUCAGCCUCACGAUUUUGAAGAGAUAUCACCAACUAACAAAAAUAUAAUAGUAGAUGGUGUGAUCACUAACUGUGAAAGAAAAAAACACAACUUUGUUGUACAAGAAUCCCACAGUGACAAUUCGAAAAUGUCUAAUAAUUUAGAUCCUUUAAAUUGUGUCGAAGCUGUGCUACACAGCUCCAAUUAUGAUUUAGAAGAUCUUGAAAAAGAGUUUAAUAAUAGUUUUGCUCAAAAACAAAACAGUAAUAUUGAUGGCACUUUAGAUUUAAACAAUGAUACGAGCAAUAUUCAACGAUCAGAUUACUGUUUAGAAAGGAAUCAAGAUUUAACUAUCAUUCAGUCACACACUCAUAAUAAAAGCAUAAAAAAUUGUGAAAAUAUACAUGCACGUGCUGUUCAUACGAAUAUACAAAGUAUUGGAAUACAUGGAGAUUUAAGCCAAAAACAAUUGGCAAUAUGUAACAACGAAAAUAAGUGUAAUAAAACUGACGAUUUCGAGUUAAAAGGCCGCCGUAAUUUUAUACCAAAAGGUAUGUCUCCGAUAGUUUACAAUCAAUAUGGACAUCAAAAAGCAAGUGUGUUUACCGAUGACGAAGUAUACUAUAAAGAUAUGAUUUAUAAAAACUUUGCAAAUGAUGUUAUUUUAAAUACAGAAAUUUUCGAACCAGAAAUUCGAAAUAUUAAAAAGCAUUUUUUAAAAUGUGAAGAAAAGCUCAAUAGUGAAAUACAAGAGCAAUAUGCCGAUCUAACAUUCGAUUCCUGGUCGUUAACGCAAGCUAAAAUUUUGGGACAAAUAGAUAGUAAAUUUAUUGUCAGUAUUUUAAAUGGUAGGUCAGCUAAAACUGGCAAAUCUUCCGAAUUCCUUGUACUAUUUGAUCAGCAUGCUGUCGAUGAAAGAAUAAGACUUGAGAAGAAUUUAUUAGAUUACAUACAAGGCAGUGCUUGGAAUAGUGUUCCUAUCGAUCCCCUGUCUAUAGUGCUAAGUAAAGAUGAUUAUGUCAAUUUGGUCAACCACAGCGAUAAAUUUACCAGAUUUGGAUUACAGUGGACAUUUUCGCCUGACUAUAAAAUAUUGCUAAAUGCUAUUCCAAAGGCAAUACUGGGAAAAAAUCCCAGACAGGUUGAAAUAGUUAUGAGGACUGUAAAGAAGUUGAUUUUAGAACAAAUUAAAGCAAUGAAAUCUCUGAGAGGUAAUGUCUCGUUAUAUCCGAAAUCAAUUAUGGACCUUGUUUUUAGUGAGGCGUGCCGAUAUGCACUUAAAUUUGGUGAUAAACUAUCGAAAACCGAAUGUGUGAAUUUAAUAAAUUCACUUUCAUGUUGUAAAACUCCUUUCCAAUGCGCUCAUGGACGACCUGUUAUAGCAGUUUUAAUGGAGAUAGAGAAUAAUAGUCGAGGCUAUAAGGUACUUGAUUAUCGUACAAAAAACAAAUAUGUUCAAUUUAAUAUAUAUCAAACACAAAUUCUUAAUUGCAGGUUAACUUAUCAAAAGUCAAGAAUUUUAAAACAAGAGAUGGCAAAUAAUUAA